GCGGCUCCUGCCAGCCUCCCCUCCCCCUCCGGCCACGGCGGCCGCCCCCGCAGUGCCAGCCCGUGACGUGGGCGCCGCCGCCUCAAGCCCAGGCUCCCUGGGAGACGAGGAGGAGAUGCACGGGGGUGUUAGGGGACCCCCGGGUGUCUGAGCUGCCCCCUCCCUUCAGUUCCCCAUCCCGGGACAGUGCGACUCUGCAGCCAGGCCGCGAGGGGAGCCGGGAGGUGUGAACGUGGUGGGAGGCAGGCCAGCAGGUGACAGUCGCCGCGGCCACGCCCAUCGAAGGGGGACCCCCUGGCCCCCGCCCGCCAGCCCCCGCCCCCGACGCCCCAGCUCCAGCAGGCAGCUCUAGGUCUUCGCGGCAGGGUCGCCUGGACGCCGGCAGGGGGCGUGCACGGGAGGCCGGGGGAGGGCAGGCGGGGACCCCGGGAGGCGGGGUUGUGGGGAGCACCCCCACCCCGGGAGCUGGGAGCGGGAGGCAGGACCCGGGUGCGCUCUGCCUGCUGCUGGCGCUGCUACCUGUGGAGUCCAGGGGCGCCCCUCCCAGACACCCCUCAGCCUGCGCUUCCUUCCCGGGACGUGCCUGCCCAGUGGGGAGCCCGGGGGGUAUGUAGAGCCCCCCCAGGGGCAGCCUCGCCGCAGGAAAGUUUGGGGCGCCAUGGCCAGGAGCAGCUGCCUCAAUGUUCGCGUGGUGGAGGGUCGCGCGUUGCCCGCCAAGGACGUGUCGGGUAGCAGUGACCCCUACUGCAUCGUAAAAGUGGACGACGAGGUGGUAGCCAGGACAGCCACAGUCUGGCGCAGCCUGAGCCCGUUCUGGGGUGAGGAGUACACGGUACACCUGCCACUGGAUUUCCACCACCUGGCCUUCUACGUGCUGGAUGAGGACACGGUGGGGCACGACGACAUCAUUGGCAAGAUCUUGCUGACCCGGGGGGAGAUCACAGCAGACCCCCGAGGCAUCGACAGCUGGAUCAACCUGAGCCGCGUGGACCCAGAUGCUGAGGUGCAGGGGGAGGUGCGCCUGGCCGUUCAGGUGUUGGAGGGAGCGCGGGGCCGCUGCUUGCGCUGCCACGUGCUCCAGGCCAGGGACCUGGCCCCCCGAGACAGCUCAGGAACAUCGGACCCCUUCGCACGUGUCUUCUGGGGUAGCCAGAGCCUGGAGACAUCGACCAUCAAGAAGACCCGCUUCCCACGCUGGGACGAGGUGCUGGAGCUGAGGGAGGAGCCUGGCCCUCCAGCCCCGCUGCGGGUGGAGGUCUGGGACUGGGACAUGGUGGGCAAGAAUGACUUUUUGGGAAUGGUGGAGUUUCCUCCCCAGCUCCUGCAGCAGAACCCUCCUGACGGCUGGUUCCGCCUCCUGCCCUUCCCUAAAGCUGAGGAGGAUUCUGGGGGGAGCCUGGGGGCACUGCGGCUGAAGGUGCGCCUCACCGAAGACCGAGUGCUUCCAUCCCGGCACUACCAGCCUCUCACCCAGCUGCUCAUGGAGUCGGUGCAGCAGAGGCCGGCAGAGGAGGACACCACAAGCCCGCUGGCCCUGUUGGAGGAGCUGACCUUGGGCGACUGCCGUCAGGACCUCGCCACCAAGCUGGUGAAGCUUUUUCUCGGCCAAGGCCUGGCCGGGCCCUUCCUGGACUACCUUACCCGGCGUGAAGUGGCACGGACCACUGACCCCAACACCCUCUUCCGUUCCAAUUCCCUGGCUUCCAAGUCGGUGGAGCAGUUCAUGAAGCUCGUGGGCAUGCCCUACCUGCACGAGGUCCUCAAGCCUGUCAUCAGCCGCAUCUUCGAGGAGAGGAAGUACAUGGAGCUGGACCCAAGCAAGAUAGACCUGGGCCGCACGCGGAGGAUCUCCUUCAAGGGCUCGAUGUCAGAGGAGCACGUGCGGGAGGCCAGCCUGGGGCUGCUGACGGGCUACCUGGGGCCCAUUGUGGACGCCAUCGUGGGCUCCGCAGACCAUUGCCCGCCCGCCAUGCGCCUCGCCUUCCAGCAGCUUCGCAGGCGUGUAGAGGAGCGCUUCCCACAGGCAGAGCACCAGGAUGUGAAGUACCUGGCCAUCAGCGGUUUCCUCUUCCUGCGUUUCUUUGCACCUGCCAUCCUCACCCCCAAGCUGUUCCACCUGCGUGAACACCACGCGGACCCCCAGACCAGCCGCUCACUGCUUCUGCUUGCCAAGGCUGUGCAGAGCAUCGGGAACCUGGGCCAGCAGCUGGGCCAGGGCAAGGAGCUGUGGAUGGCUCCCCUGCACCCCUUCCUGCUGCAGAGCAUCUCACGCGUGAGGGACUUCCUGGACCAGCUGGUAGACGUGUCUGAGGCAGAGGAGUCGGGGUGCCUGGCGCGGGCCCUGGUGCCCCCCUCAGUGACGGUGCGGGAAGGCUACCUGCUGAAGCGCAAGGAGGAGCCCGCCGGCCUGGCCACCCGCUUUGCCUUCAAGAAGCGCUACUUCUGGCUCAGCGGGGAGACUUUGUCUUACUCCAAGGGCCCUGAGUGCCAGAUACGCCACAGCCUCCCUGUGGCGCACAUCCGUGCCGUGGAGCGAGUGGACGAAGGCGCCUUCCAGCUGCCACACGUAAUGCAGGUGGUGACGCGGGCGGGUGCAGGGGGUGCGUUGCACACCACCUACCUGCAGUGCAAGAAUGUCAAUGAGCUCAACCACUGGCUGUCGGCCCUGCGAAAGGCCAGUGCACCCAACCCGGACAAGCUGGCUGCUUGCCACCCCGGGGCCUUCCGCGCACGCUGGACCUGCUGCCUGCACCCGGAGCGCUCAGCUCCGGGCUGCAGCCGCACACACUCUGCUGUCACCCUGGGGGACUGGAGUGACCCCCUGGACCCAGAUGCAGAGGUCCAGACAGUGUACCGGCAGUUGCUCCUGGGCCGGGACCAGAUCAGGAUGAAGUUCUUGGAGGACCUCAGCCCUGAUGCAGCUCAGGAGGCAGACCCAGGGGGUGACUCUGGCACCCCAGAAGGGGCCAGUCCUACUGCCUCUUCUGGGCAGAGAGAAGCAGCUGCCCGCCUGCUGGAGGUACUUGAGGCCCUGGAUCGUGCCCAUGAAGAGUUCCAGCAGCAGGAAGAGGGGGAGGAAGCCCCAGGGCCCCUCAGACCCUGAGCUGGCAGAGCCAGUGUGGAGGAAGAGAAAGGAGUCCUCUCUGCUCAGCUGCCCCAGGAGUCUCCUGCUGUUAGUCCAGUAUCUUUCUGAUGCUGUGGGCUCAGAGGCUUCCAGAGAGAGCUGAGCUCCAAGUACCCUAGAACCAGGACACAGAGGAAGCAGUGGCCAACCUUGCACUGAAUAAGCUUCGCUCUCUCAGCUUAAGGAACCUGGCCUGUUUGGCUCAGCCUGAGGUGCCUGCUUUACCAGACGGGCCUCUCCCACACUGGCAAGGACAGCUAGGCCCUGAGCUGCAGAGUACAGCUGUGCCUGAAUUCCUGACUCUCAUGUGACCUCAUUGCCUCAAACACUAAUGGGUUCAGCCUGUCCUGUGUUCACGUCCACCAAUGCCUGUAACCUCACCGAUUCCCCUGAAUCUCACUUUUCGACAAGGACCCCAGAUGUUGGCUUCCAGAAUCAGGUGACUUCAGCAAGAAAGGAGUCUCUUGGAGCCAGGAUCACCCCCACCCCACACCCCAGCCUCAGUUUACCCACCCUGCAUAAAGUGAGGGAGCGAGUCUA